GGGCCCUGGGCCAGCGGCUGUCCCAUCCCCGCCCCUCUCAUAAAAGCCAAGCCAGGCCUCGGGACACCCAGUACUGCUGCCCAGCCCCGGGGCAGACACAGGGACCAGCCAGCCCUGUGCCACCUCCAGCCUCUCCCCCAUCCUGCCUGGGACCAUGGGCGUCCCCUGCCGCGGCGCCUUCCUCGCGCUGGGGGUCCUGCUGACUCUGUCGGGAGCUGCAGCCCAGAAAUCCAAGCGUGACCUGCGCCCCGUGGUGCCCUGCGAGGUCUACGUGCGUCAACGGCACGGCUUGUCGCUGCGAAGCGGGGUUCACGUCCACGUCAGGGGAGAUCUUCACGGAGCGCACGGACAUGUGCGAGGACAUCAACGAGUGUGCCCCGCCCCGGUCCCUGUCCUGCGGGAAAUUCGCCGAUUGUCAGAACGUGGACGGCAGCUACUACUGCACCUGCAGCCCGGGAUACGGGCUCCUCUCUGGGGAGAAGGUGUUCAAGGAUGAGAGCCAGAACACGUGUCAAGACGUGAACGAAUGCACCUCGGGACAAAAUCCCUGCCACAGCUCCACCCACUGCAUGAACAAAGCCGGCGGCUACCAGUGCCUCUGCCGCCCCGGCUGGAGGCCGAUUCCCGGAGCCCCCAAUGGCCCAAACAGCACCGUCUGCGAAGACGUGGACGAGUGCAGCUCCGGGCAGCAUCAGUGUCACAACUCCACCGUGUGCGUCAACACCCAGGGGUCAUAUAAGUGCCGCUGCCGCCAAGGCUGGAAACCGAUUGCCGGAUCCCUCAACGGCCCCAUCAACACCACCUGCGAAGAGAUUCACCUGCCCACCUGGACUCCACCCCACGGCGUCCACAGUCAGAGUCUCUCCGGAUUCCUUGACAAAGUCCAGGCUCUGAGCAGAGACUUCAAGCCAGCCUUGGCCAAUGUCACCAUCCAGCGCCUCAUCCAGUCCGUGGAUGACCUGCUCAAGGCGCCAGGGGACUUGGAGAGACUGGCUCUGAGUGACCAGCACCUCGUGGCCACCCAGCUGCUCUCUGACCUGGAACAGUCCAUGAGGACCCUGGCCCGGACCUUACCCACAGGUCCCUUCACCUACCGCUCUCCUUCGGGCACAGAACUGAGCUUGAUGGUGCAGGAGAAGGGGACGGGCAACGUCACCAUGGGCCAGAGCCACGCACGGAUGCUUCUGGACUGGGCGGUGGCGAGUGAAGACGGGGACUUGGGCCACCCCGUGGCGGGCAUUCUGUCCAGUCCCAACAUGCAGCAGCUGCUGGCCAACGCCUCCCUGGAGCUGACGCCCGAGAAGCAAGCCGACCUGGAAGACACGUACGAGGGCCCCGUGCGUGGCGCCCGGCUCAGGCUCCUUUCUGCCGUCAGCUCCGUCUUCCUGAGCAACACGAGAACGCACGAGCUCGGCUCGCCUGUCACGUUUGCCUUCUCCCACCCGUCGGAGACGCCCCGCGGGCCCCGGCAGGAGGUGGUCUGCGCCUUUUGGAAGAGCGACAACAGGGGGACCGGGCGGUGGGCCACUGAGGGCUGCCGGAAGCUGGGCAGCCAGAACGGCAGCACCACCUGCCAGUGCACCCACCUGAGCAGCUUCGCCGUGCUCAUGGCGCACUACGACGUGCAGGACCCGCAGCUGACCUUCAUCACCAAGGUGGGGCUGGCGCUGUCGCUGGUCUGCCUGCUGCUUUGCAUCCUCACCUUCCUGCUGGUGCGGCCCAUCCAGGGCUCGCGCACCACCGUGCACCUGCACCUCUGCGUCUGCCUCUUCGUGGGCUCCGCCGUCUUCCUGGCCGGCAUCGAGAACGAAGGCGGCCAGGUGGGCCUGCGCUGCCGCCUGGUGGCCGCGCUGCUGCACUACUGCUUCCUGGCCGCCUUCUGCUGGAUGAGCCUGGAGGGCCUGGAGCUCUACUUUCUGGUGGUGCGCGUGUUCCAGGGCCAGGGCCUGCGCGCGCGCUGGCUCUGCCUGCUGGGCUACGGCGUGCCCCUGGCCAUCGUGGGCAUCUCGGCGGCCGUGCGCAGCCAGGGCUACGGCCGCGCCGCCUACUGCUGGCUGGACCCGGCGGGCGGAUUCCUCUGGAGCUUCCUGGGUCCCGUGACCGUCAUCGUCCUGUGCAACGCCAUCAUCUUCGUGACCACCGUGUGGAGGCUCGCGCAGAAGUUCUCGGACAUCAACCCCGACAUGAAGAAGCUGCGGAAGGCCAGGGUGCUGACCGUCACGGCCGUGGCGCAGCUCGUCGUGCUGGGCUGCACCUGGGUCUUCGGCCUCUUCCUCUUCGACCCGCGGAGCUGGCUGCUGUCCUACGUCUUCACGGUGCUCAACUGCCUGCAGGGCGCCUUCCUCUACGUGCUGCACUGCCUGCUCAACAAGAAGGUGCGUGAGGAGUACCGGAAGUGGGCUUGCCUGGUGGCAGGGAACCGGUACUCGGAGUUCGUGUCGUCCAGCACAGGCUCCAGCCACCAGCCGAGCACGCGGGUGCUCAGGCCCUCGGAGUCUGGCAUGUGAAGAAGUGGACAAGGCGCCGGCGCCAGCGCCUGCCCUCCCGGGCCCCAGAGCCCCCGCAGGGUGAGGACGGGACCGCCGUCCCGCCCACUCUCUCGAUACGGUACAGAGGCCCGGCCGCCUACCUACCCGCCCUCGGCGCACACGGGAAGGGAGCUGGCAUCCAGAGGAAUAAACGUUUAUUCUCGCCAGA